GACGUCAUCACGAGACAUUAAACAUGGCCGACAGCGAGCGGUAGAUGGCGAAAGUUAGCGAAAAGCUUCGGUAAAAUCUGUGAACUUUUGAGUGUUUGCUGCGGAUAUUAGGACUUUGUUGCGUACUUCAAUUCUCUAUUGUUUUAUCUGGACACAUUUCCAUAUGAAUUGGAGGGCUGAGUCGUGUUUGUCCGCCCGCACAGGCCUCAGGAGACCGGACGUUAGCCCGCAGUGUUAGCCACGUUAGCAGUCGGACCAGCUAUUGUUUUUGUCCGGGGUAUAGUGUUAUGCGUUAGGCGGCUGGCAGUGUAAAGACUCUGUUUUCCUUUUUUUGUUUCAGUUUCCUUUGUUUUGUUUAAUCUGGAUUGGACUGUGUAGCUGCACAGCUGGAUUUACUCCGGAGCUUUUUGUAUUAAACCACGGGUGGGGUCCAGCUUGUGUUGCAGCGAGUUGGAGGUGUUGAUUCAUUUUGAGCCGCUGGACUGAACCUGUUUAUGAACAUUACACCCAGCAACAUGGAUCCAAAGCGCUCACACAGUAAACCACAGACAAGUGGCGGUGGCGGUGGUGGCAGCAGCAGCAGCAGCGACUCCAGCUGCGGCAGCCCCGCGUCCCCCUCCAGCAGCCCCGCACCGGCACCCAGCAAAGCCCCGGCACCGGCGGCACCCGGGGGCAACGUGUUCGCCAACGACGGCAGCUUCAUGGAGAUGUUCAAGAAGAAGAUGGAGGAGGAGAAGAGGAAAAGGGAGUCGCAGCAAACAGGUGGAGAGGCGAGAGCCACCGAGCAAGGACAGACACCAGUGGAAAGGAAGCCCCCUCCAGUGACGAGCUUUGUGGGGAAGCGCAGAGGCGGUGUGUUCCUAAAGACCGGCGUGGUUGCGAAGAAGCAGAAAGACGACACAGAAGCUGAGCCAGGCAAGAGCGAUGCUUGGUCAAAGUAUAUGGCUGAGGUUAAAAAGUACAAAGCCCACCAGUGUGGUGACGACGAUAAAACCAGGCCUCUGGUCAAGUAGGUUCCGAGAGGUGAGCGAGAAACGACGUUGUUUUGAGGGGACAGCCAUCUGGGAGAAGCUCCGGGAGGGCCGGCCAAUCCUGACCUUCUCAUACUGCCAGUUCAAGUCACCCUUCAUUUAAAGUCUCUCACAAACUGCUCAGUUUGACAGGCCUUCUCCCCUCUCUUUUUGUAUUGUUUCUGUCUUGCUUGUUAUCUGUCGGACUCUGGUAAUCUGAUCUGAUGUCAAGACGUGUUUCAUAAACUUGGGUGUUCAUUAUUGAUCAUUAUUCUUUGUAAAUGUUUUCAGAUUUGUCAUGUCUGGGUUGAGUUAGGGUUCAUUAACAGUUGGAUUUCUUUUAAUAGCCAAAUCCAGGUGUCAAUUAAAAAUACACUGCCCAUUAA